UAGCUUUUAUGUGCUUCCGGAAGAAACAAGUUUUUUGGUGGAUCGCAGUGGUAUAUAUAUAACUUAUUCUAUCAUUCCAACAUCAUUCUUAAGUGGUACCUAGCAAGUUAAACAUUUCAAACCAUCAAGAUGAGAGGUUUCCUUCUUGUCCUUGUUCUUACCGUUGUCGGAGUUUGUGCAUUCCCGGAAUAUUAUCCUCAGAACUACUACCAACCGCAGCCGCAUCAAUGGGAGCAACCUCAAUGGCAGAAGCCGCAAUGGGAACAACCUCAAUGGGAACAACCUCAAUGGGAACAACCUCAAUGGGAACAACCUCAAUUGCAGAAUCCACAAUGGCAACAGCCCCAGUCUCAACACCCACAAAUGAGUCCCGAUGGCUAUAGAAUUGUACCCGGUGUUGAUGAUUCCCGCUGCCCUAGGACCGAUGAUGCAAUGAAUCCCGUUCAUUUGCCAGUUCGUGGAGAUUGCAGCAAGUUCAUGAAAUGCUAUGGUGGUCGUGCCUACGAACAGAACUGCCCAGCUGGGCUGGAAUUCGGCACCUCAGUUAACCGUUGUGAUUAUCCUUCGUUAGCUCGCUGUAGUAUGGGAUGGUGAUUUUUUACUAGAACCUGAAUUGCUGUUUUAAUGACAAUGAUUAUACACCAUUGAGGCAAUA